AUGACUAAGAAGAGAAGCUGGAAGAACAAUAAGACUGUGAUACUAACUGAAGAAUGUAGUGCUAUCAUCCAGCACAAACUACCCCAGAAGUUGAAGGAUCCUGGGAGCUUUCAGAUCCCUUGUAUUAUAGGGGAAAUCACAGUAGAGAAUGCCCUUUGUGACUUAGGAGCCAGCAUCAAUUUGAUGUCAGUAGCAAUGAUGAGGAAGAUGAAGAUCGAGGAGGCUAAACCAACAAAAAUGGCCUUACAACUGGCAAAUCGAUCGUUCAAAUUCCCUCAUGGCAUAGUAGAGGAUUUGUUGGUGAAAGUAGGAGACUUCAUAUUCCCGGCAGAUUUUGUAGUAUUGGACAUGCAGGAGUGA